UCGCUGUCUUCUCGGUCCUUGUCGGAGCCAUGGCCUCGCGCAGCGCCGGGACCCUCCUGACCCAGAACAACGCGGUCUACGUGCCGCCGGGGCUCAUGCCGGGAUACCAUGGGCAUGUCCCCAAUGUUGUAUAUUCCUUUGGUGAUACAUAUGGAAAUGCCACUAUGAAAUAUUUACAAGACUUCCGCAAUGCAGCCAUGAAAACCAGCUGCAGUCCUUACAGCAAGGGGGGUCAGUUCCCCACUCUCUUCUCUUCUGACCCAGAGUUGGUGAUUGGGGCAAGGGCAAGGGGCUGGGACAGAUGGCUGCACACUCCUAACUACUCUCGCUUCAAUCUGGAUUUUAAUCGCUCAGCAGAACUAAAGGAGUUCCACAAGCUUUCCCAAAUGCAUCGUGAUUAUUACAGAGAUAAGACCGGGACAGUGCAUCGGAAUCCGUAUUUUGUGCUGCCUGUGAAAGAGAAGGACAAGUACCCUCACCCCCUUGAUCUCCCACCUCUGAGUGCCAAAACCUUGUGGCACCUCCAUCGGAUUUCUCCAGAGAACCUGCGGACAUACCAGACUUUCCCUUCAGGGAAGAGGGUGACCUCACAAGAGAGAGAGGUCCGAGACAGCUAUUUCGAAUACAGAGCCUGAGCAAUGGCCUUUGGGCAGAAAGCUGAAGCAGAAAGAAGAAAGAUCUGAGGGCAGGAUAUCAUAAAGCAGACUUUUUCCUGACUGUGCCACUAAAUCUUGCUGCCCAGCAAUAGCCAGACAACAGGAACAAUACCAAUGGAAAGGUAGUCCAGUAAUUAAAUGCCCACCCCCAUCUUCCAUUUGCUCUAUGCUGGCCUUAAACUCGGCUUUUACACCUUUUUCCAUUCUGCUGCAUCCACUUUCCGGUCCAGCCAAGCCAAAACGAAACCCUGACAACUGCUGCCCGCAACAUUGAUUUAGGGUUCAAAGAGAGGAGAUCUUGUGGCUUGUUCCCUCCAUUGAAUACAGAGAUUGCAAGCCUCACUUUGCCUUGGGCCCUGCAAGAAAUAGAGUGGGGGUUUAACCCUUCAACCUCUGCUCAGUUUUGCAGUUUGAAACUGGUUCCACACUCUGCUACUAACUUUUGAAAAGGGAAAAGAGGUGUCCUUUAUAAACAAAUGUUCUAGUAAUUGUCAUCUGUUUGGGUGGGCUUGUUGGGAACAUGGCUCAGUCUGGCUCCUUCUGAGCUGAGCUA